AUCUAGUUAAUUAUAGCAUGUAAGUCUUGGUAAUAGUAUAAUAUUUAGAAUAAUUUGUUUUAGAAGUCAACACAAGGUGUCUGGAAGUUAUUUCCAUUGGCGCUCUUUUUAUUUAAUUUUUUAUUACUUUCAAAAGAAAAGCUGAUUAAACCGCAUCUAAUAUGGCAAGAAGACCGCGGUAUGCUAUUAUGAAUGGCAUUCGUUAUCCAGAAAUGUUUUCUCCAAAAUGUUUUAGAGAAGCUCUGGAGUACAAACCUGAACCUGGGGAUGUGUUCAUCUGUACGUAUCCAAAAUGUGGCACCACUUGGAUUCAGCAUGUUGCCUUGUACAUUUUUCGUAAGGGAAGAAAGAUUGAAAACCCACGUCACUGCUUGAAAUUAUCACCUUUCAUCGAUCAGCUUGGGAAAGAAGGUAUAGAUGGAAUGCCAAGACCGGGAGCAUUCAAAACCCAUUUACCUUUUCCGUACAUCUCAUAUUCUUCAAAAGCUAAAUAUAUUUUUGUUUCUCGGGAUCCCAAAGAUUGUUGCGUCUCCCGCUAUUAUCAUACAAAAUUUUUUCCGGGUUUCGAUUUCGAGAACGGCGAAUUUAAUGAUUUCUUUGAACUUUUCAUGUCAGGUGAAUUGGGUUACAAUGAUUACUUUGAUCAUCUUUUGAGUUGGUACCCUUAUCGUAAUGAUUCAAAUGUAUUUUAUACCAGGUAUGAGGACAUGAAAAAAGACAUAAAAAGUGUUAUCAUGAAACUUUCGAAGUUCCUUGGGAAAGAGUACUUAAACGCUAUCGAGAUGGAUAACAAUGUGCUCAAUAAUAUCAUACUUUACAGUGGAUUUGACCACAUGAAGAUGAAGAUGUCUGAGACAUACAAAAAGAGAGAUGAAGGAAAAUACUCUGAGCUUGAGUAUGAAGGAUUUAAACACAUUGUUGAUUUUACUGCUUCCUUGGAGCCUACAAAAAUAUCUUCAGAAAGAAAUUUUUUUCGGAAAGGCUUGAUAGGAGAUUGGAGGAGCCAUUUCUCUUCUGAACAAAAAGAAAGGAUGGACAGAAAGUUCUUGGAGAAGUUUAAAGGCACUGAAAUAAUACAAUGGUAUCCUCUAGAAUAAUUUUUUAUCCUGCACAAAUUCAAAGAAUUUGAAUUAAGUAAUGAAUUUACAGUUAAGAUAAAGAAUGAUAUUCUUAAAAAAACCUGCAUCGCUUAAGUUUUCCAAUGCAAAAAAAAAAAAAAAAAAAAAAACGUGUACCCAACGUAAUCUGGAAAAAAAAUGCUUUAUUGUUGUCCUAAAAUAUAUGAAGGAAACCUCCUUGUAUAUCUGAGUAAUAAAGAAAAAAGAACACCAUGGUUGUCAAAUAUUUGCAGUAUUUCAACUUGUUAAUGUUUUUUGCAAAAUUAUUAGAAUAAUCCAAGAACAAGAGUUCAAAAUAAAAUAUAAUUAUUGGAAGUUGGAAAUCCCAUCACUCAGUGGAACAGAACGACUACUAAGCAAAAAAUUCUUUGGAGGGUUAAAGAGUGUUGAAAUUAUAAAAAGUAAUAAAUGAAUAGUAUUAUAUUCACAUUGAUUUUUUUAAUA